UCAAGAUAAUUCGGAAAAGUUGCCGAUUUCACUCUUGCAGCCGACCUUGUAUUUACAUGUAACAGAAAGGUAUAUGGGGGACGUUUAUUAAUUUGUUUUUCCUUUAUUCAAUGACGGAAAUCGUUUUAUCACCGGUCAGUAGGUCAAGUGCGACGACUUUUAUUUGUAUAAUAUACUUUCACUUUCACGUGAGAAGAAAGUAAAAAUUAUGUGUCUUCGAUUAAUUUAUGUAAUUGUGCAUGAGUUUUAUCACUUUUUUCGGUUGCGAGAUUAUAAUCAAAAUUAUAGCCUGAGGAUUUGAUGGAUCGUCGACAUUCAGUGCACAAUUCUAUCUAAUUGUUUCCUCAUCGAUUUACUUUGAGAUUCACGAAAUUGACGAGGAUGAUAAAAUUGGCUCUCCGUAUGAAUUACUCAUCUAACGACAAUAAACAAUCGGAAUAGAGUAUAAUAGGAGAAUGGACUUAAUUCAACCGCUUUACGUAACUCGCGUGAAAGAUCGGUUAUUCUUUUUACUCAAGAGAACAAAAAACAACAUUCAACGUCGAAGUUCAAGUACACGGAGAAAAAAAAAUAAAGAUAAAGCGUAGUCGCUUUCGAAAUUAGACUCGCGAUAGACCAUAAAAGCGCUCGAGCUCCGCGAUGCGUGAAGAGACAAACACGCAGUAACCUUGGACAAGGCCCUAACCCACUUUAUUACACGCAAACUACAUUUAUAAAUCCUUUUUGAAUCAUUCAUUUUCUAACUCGUUUCUUUGCAUUGAAUGACUUGGUUUAACAAUCGACGACAGCAUUCGCGAGGAAACGAGAGGAUAUGCAAAAGGAUUGCGCGGAAGAGCGACACGGAUUAAUUACACGUAAAACAAUUGGAAUGGUUACGUAAGCGCGAGCAGCGUCGAUUUAUGAAUCAGCUUCUUGACAUUGAGGCAUUGUCGGUUUUCGUGCGGCAUGAAAUUAUGCGACGCGCAGAGUGUGUUUUAUUCGACGAGUCGUGUAUCUCUUCAUUGCAAAAGCCGUUAGCCCUCAUUAAAAUUCCGUUUUUUUAUAUAGUUCCGAUCGAUUCAUAAUUCAACAAAAGAUUCUUCGCUUUUUGCAUACGUCCACCCAAGGAAAUAAAUUAAAUAGCAAAAGGAAAUAAACAACAAUGGGUUACCACACGGAACUGGAUGGCUGCGGCCGCUUUAUGAAGUACAUCUUGUUCUUCAUCAACUUCAUCAUUUUCCUGGCCGGUCUAGCCAUAACGAUAAUCUCGAUAAUCGCACUGGUCUACAAAGUCAACUACAUAAGCGUCCUGACGAGCAACGAUGGCCAAAGCAGCAAUUUGCAUGGUGCUGUGUACGUGUUGCUGAUCGCUGGCAUUGUCACCACGAUCGUCUCGUUCUUCGGCUGUUACGGUGCUAUGCGCGAAGUUAAAUGCAUGCUCUUAAUGUACGCCUUGAUACUGCUCUGCUUGACCGUUGUGAUCGCAGUUGCCGCGAUAUUGGGUAUCGUGUACAGAGCGUCGUUCAAGGAGAAACUGGUGGUCAAUAUGGAAAACUCCAUGAACCUCUAUAGCAGGCAGCAAUCUGUGAGGGAGGCUUGGGACGCUGUACAGGCUAAUCUCCGUUGCUGCGGUGUUCAUAAUCACAACGAUUGGGCCCGUCGCGGUUUUACAACCGUACCAAGGAGCUGUUGUCAGGUGGAUGCUGAUGGUAUUACCGUACGCGAGUGCAAUCGCUACAGCGACAGUAUCAACAGUAAUAACGCAUACAUCCGUGGCUGUUCUCAAGCUACCAGAGAAUUUUUAGAAACUCAUUCUGGUGUCCUCAUUGGCAUUGGAUUUAGUGGUGCUGUUCUGACGUUCAUUGGAUUAGUGUUCUCUAUCGCAUUAUUUCGCAGAAUACACUAAAUAAAAAAGCAUAUGAAAACGAAAAAUAGAAUAACACUCAAAUGUCCGUCCAUUAUAAAUAAAAGAAAAGAAAAUAGGAA